UGUUUCUUUUGUUAUCGUGAAAAGUUUAUACCGUUUGUAAAAUUUGUAUCAUACAUUUCAUGUAAACUUUGUGCUCAGUUAGAAAUGUGAUGUGCCUUUUUCUUUUCUUUAAUUUUACUGUACGAUUGGUGAUUUAAAGUAGCAUUCUAUGUUUUGAUUCUGAUGUAUUGUCGCCAAAUCGGAUAGUUGGCGCCAAUGUUAAAAACUGGAUGGUACAUUUUGAAGAAAAUCAAUUUGAAUGCUCUAGGCAAGAUGGGCGUAAAAAACUCAAGCCCAAUGCUGUGCCAACUCUUUUCACUGUGCCUAAUCCCCCACAACUGUUGACCCCACAGCGUCUAAAAGGCAUUGGUUUACCAAAGCACCGUUCAGUUACAUCCAAUUUUUGUAAUGGUGGCUUGCUGCACAGUUUACCUUUAUCAACUGAAGCGAUUUCUGUUGCUGAACCAUCUGUUGUUCAUUUGCCACAACCUUCAGCUUCAUAUUUUGGAGAAAUAAAUUUUGCUGCCGAAGUAUCUGAUGUUUGUUUGCAAGAACAAGCUUCAACUUCAUCUUGUGAUAAAAUGCCAUCUAUUUGUGAAGGAUCUCAUGUUUGUUUGCAAGAACAGCCUUUAGCCUCAUUUUGCAAUGAAAUACCAUCUAUUUGUGAAGGCUCUGAUGAUGUUCUUUUAAGGAAUUUUAUAAAACAGCAGACUGAAUUGAUCUCGCUUCUGCAAUGCCAGAACAAAAUAUUACUGAAAGAACUUACAGCAACCAAAAAAAAAAAUGAAAUUAAUGUUUUAAAAAAAAAUGGCAUAGCACUGCUUAAAUUCAACUUCAUGACCUUCAAGUACAGCAUGAGGAAUUGCUGA